AGGAUGCCGAGCAAGCCCCAGUGUUCCGCGCGUGCUGACGCGACCGAACCCAGACUCAGACCAUCCACUGAUCGAAUGUGAUGUGUGCGCUCACAUCAGUGUCUCGGGAAGUUCUCAACCUCUAUUUAACCGGAAUAGAAUCAACGCCCCCAUGAAUGCUCUCCGUCGACUACCAUCCGACCUUCUGCCAAACUUGAGCAUACCAUGGUCUCUCAAUGGAUCAUUAAUGCAGGGCGGCUUUAUCAAAUGGCCAUCACUCGGUCAUGGCAAAUAAAAUAGGCCGAUCGCAUGGCGUAACGAUAUUAUGAGUGCUGCCAUUCGAUUGUGGCUCAUAGCGCUCAAAUCAACCGCCGACGCGUCGUUAUCGGAACAAUCAUUUUUGGUGCCAUACUUGGUGCCAUUCUGUGUAUGCGUGCUUCUCCGCUUACCAUUCUUCGUCUCUACGGGCCUUUGCGCCAACAAGGCUUGUACCUCUCCGGAAAUUACCCAGGCUUAUGUUGUUGCAGUGAAAUAUUGUGCAGGCUUCGCCACCACUACUUUCACCUUUGCUUCCAGUCUCACCUCUGUUCUUUAUAUCCCGACAUCUACCAGCACACCUGGGGACGGCACUCACAGCAUUAAUGUGACGUCCACCACCAAUUCGGCAUCAUCGUUAAGCUUGGGCUGGCACUCUAGAAUGAACCCGUUCUCGUCGUCGUCAUCAUCAUCACCCAGCCCAACCCCUUCAUCACCACCACCAUUACCAUUGCCACUGCCAUUGCCACCAUUGCUGUUGCCAUCGCGAUUGCGAUCGUCACCCUUGUUCUCAUCGUCAUCUUCAUUUUCCUUGCUACCGCCAUUACCAUUACCAUCAUCAUUGCCAUUGCCAUUGCCAUCCUUAUCUUCAUCGUCACCCUCAUCUCUGUUGUCAUCAUCUUUGUCAUCUCCAUUUUCAUCCUCAUCGCUGCCGCCAUUACCCUUGCCAUCCUCAUCUUCACCCUCAUCCUCAUCGCUACUGCCAUCAACAUUGCCAUCCUCAUCUUCGCCCUCAUCCCCGUCUCUAUCCUCCUCCUUCUCAUCGACGUCAUCUUCAUCAUCUUCAUCCUCCUCAUCAGGCUCAAAUUCCACUGCAUCUACUCCCACUACGAGCCGGUCUGGAGCCGCAGCACCUGAUGCAAAGGUCUUCUUUGGAAGCAACCCUGUUUUGACUGUUGUUCUUGGAGGCGCCGUGCUCGGUGUUUACGCAAUUGGAUUGCAGUGAUACUCUGUGGCUGAACGUCGUAGAUGGAAGGCCUGUUUCCUAUCCCGGAAUUCCCCGCAGAUAUUUCACCCUAUCCGGAUGACAGAGUCAAGCGUGAGCCACGAAAAUGCUCCGAGGAAGAUUCCAAUUGAAGAGAAAUGAGGCCAAAUAAAAAUUUGCAGAGUACAGGAUUUCCCGGAUAACAUUGAAG